ACAGCUGUCUUUAAGCAAGCAUGGUUGGCGCUGGCAACCGAUCAGCGUUUAUCUAAAGAUCGUACGAUAUUUCAAAAGUUUUAUUGAGUAAUUGCACUGUAAUCACAAUUCCGGAUUUAUUUUACUAUACAAAAUAUCGGUAAUGUUAGUUACUCUUCGCAUUUUUAACAAAGUAUUACACAGACGAAUUUUUCUCUUGAGAACCAUGAGUAAAGCGUCUGUUAGCAGCUAUUUAAUUGAAGAGCCCAAGUACUCCUUUUUGAAAGAAUUGGGAUUGGAGAAGAAUAACAAAGGGGUUUAUCAUGGCAUUUGGACUGGAAAUGGAGAAACUGUAACGUCUAUUUGUCCUAGUAAUAACAGACCUAUUGCUGAUGUCAUCCAAGGGAACUUAAGUGACUUUGAAAAUGCCAUAAAGGAGUUGCAAAAGGCUUGGAAUGUUUGGGCUGAUAUUCCUGCUCCACAACGAGGAGAAAUUGUGCGUCAGAUUGGCGAUGCUUUAAGAGAGAAAAAGUCUGCUCUUGGGAAACUUGUAUCCCUGGAAAUGGGUAAAAUUUUGCCUGAAGGGGAAGGAGAAGUACAAGAAUAUGUUGAUAUAUGUGAUUAUGCAGUUGGCUUAUCAAGAAUGAUAGAGGGAAAAGUUCUUCCUUCUGAAAGACCAGGUCAUGCAUUGUUAGAGAUGUGGAAUCCUCUAGGAGCUAUUGGAAUUAUAUCAGCUUUCAAUUUCCCAGUAGCUGUUUAUGGCUGGAAUAAUGCUAUUGCAUUAGUAUGCGGUGAUGUGAUGUUGUGGAAAGGUGCUCCAUCUACUAAUCUUUGCAGCAUUGCAGUCAUUAAAAUAAUUCAGUCAGUUUUAGAGAAAAACAAAUUGCCUGGUGCUAUUUGUUCUUUGGUUUGUGGAGGAGCAGACAUUGGAUCAGCCAUGGCAAAAGAUACACGAUUACCUUUAGUGUCAUUCACUGGAAGUAGUAGAGCUGGUUUGCAAGUCGCUAUGGAAGUUCAAAAAAGAUUUGGAAAGUCACUUCUAGAAUUGGGUGGAAAUAAUGCUAUCAUUGUUGCUGAUGAUGCUGAUUUAGACAUGGUAAUUCAGUCAGCUGUUUUUGCAUGUGUUGGAACUGCAGGACAGAGGUGUACAACAACUAGAAGAUUAAUAGUACAUGAAAAGGUAUACAAUGAAGUUGUUGAGAGAUUGAAAAAGGCAUAUACAAAGGUUAGAAUUGGUGAUCCUAUUGAACCAGGCACUCUGUAUGGACCAAUGCACAACAAGCAAGGAAUUGAAUUAUAUUUGAAAACUAUUGAGGAAGCUAAGAAAGCUGGAGGGAAAGUGGAGUACGGUGGAAAGGUUUUGGAACAACCAGGAAAUUUUGUUGAGCCCACAAUAAUUACUGGUCUUGCUCACGAUGCAGAAGUUGUUCAUCGAGAAACCUUUGCUCCAAUUGUAUAUAUAUUGAAAACUUCAAGUGUUGAUGAGGCUAUUAAAUGGAACAAUGAAGUAAAAGAAGGAUUAUCUAGCAGCAUCUUUACUCAGAAUCUUGGAAAUGUUUUUAAGUGGCUUGGUCCAAAAGGAUCUGAUUGUGGCAUUGUGAAUGUUAACAUUCCAACUAGUGGAGCUGAAAUUGGAGGUGCCUUUGGUGGUGAAAAGCAUACUGGUGGAGGUAGAGAAUCUGGUAGCGAUUCGUGGAAGCAGUACAUGAGGAGAUCAACAUGUACGAUUAAUUACACAAAGGAACUGCCUUUGGCUCAAGGCAUUAAAUUUGAAUAAAUGAAAUGUUUAUGAGCUUUUUAAAAAUAUACAUAAAUUUUGAGGGUAUUUUCACUCGUACAAAGUUUGCAGAAUCUUUUCUAUGUAUGAAUUCCAUAUCUAUAUAUUACUGUUAAUCUCUAACUAUUUUUAUUAUUUGGCCAGCAUUUACAGAGUAUUUUUCUAUCACAUUGUUAUACUGUUUAAAAAUUAAAUAGUUAUAUAUACAGCCAUUUUGUAUGCCAUAUAUUUUUGUACACGUUUUAACUAAUAAAACUUGUUGCAU